AUGAAGAUGAAGAAGGCCACUAAGAAGCUCAAGACCCCAAAGACUGCUAUAACAUUGAUCACUGCCUCGAAUUCAUCGCAGUUGAACCCAGAGAACAACCAGCCCCCUUGGUAUUUGAGGAAGUAUUCGAGGUACUCUCAAAUCAUUCGUCUUGUUGCUUGGACUUUACGAUUUGUCAACAACUGUAGGAACAAAGAAAAGAUCCGCAUCCAGACGUUGACAGCGCAAGAACUACAGUCAGCAGAGUAUGCAGUCUUCAAAAUGGUACAGUCUGAGUGUUUUGAUGGGGAGAAAGAUCCUCGUCUAAGUGAUCUGGUGGUUUACAGAGACGAGAUGGGUCUCUUACGACUCAAGACCCCAGUAGCAUAUCGUGAUGACUCCAUGGGCUUCCGGUGUCCAGUGAUUCUGGAUCGUGGACAUUUGUUGGUGAACAGGUUGAUUGAAGAUUGUCAUCUAGAACUCAAACAUGGUUCCAUUGACACCACUCUCAAUAAACUAAGGGAACGAGUAUGGAUAUUAUCCAGCAGACGAGCGGUACAAUCCGUUGUGAGGAAUUGUGCGAGGUGUAAGAGAUAUACUGCCAAGAGACUGGAAUCUAUCUCAAUACCUCUUCCAGAAAAUCGAGUGAGAGAUGCAAGUGCCUUCGAAGUUUCUGGUGUUGAUUUGACAAGUCCACUUUUUCUCAGAGAUGGAAGCAAGAGCUGGAUUGUCUUGUUUACCUGUGCAGUCUACCGAGCCAUUCACCUGGAAUUGGUGUCUACCCUCUCUACGGACUCCUUUUUGGAGGCACUCAGACGAUUUAUAGCUCGUAGAGGACGUCCUGCUGUGUUAUAUAGUGAUAAUGGCACUAACUUCGUUGGUGCAUCCAAUGCUCUGAGAAGUUUGAACUGGGAAACGAUUAUAACUCAGGGAGCUUCAACACGUAUUGACUGGCGGUUCAACCCUCCCUCAGCAGCCUGGUGGGGUGGAUGGUGGGAGCGAAUGGUGAGAAUGGUGAAGGAUCUCCUGAAAAGAACGUUGGGAAAGGCUUGCCUCACCUUCGAGGAAAUAUCCACUAUCCUCUGUGACUGUGAGGCGAUCAUCAAUGCGCGUCCUCUCACCUACCUAGCAGAAGACACCCAACAGCUUGUACCUCUGUCUCCAGAUAUGUUUCUCAGAGAUCUUCCUGAUUAUGGAGUACCUGAUCUUGAUAAGGCGGACUCCACUUCUCUGAAUGCAAGAGUCAACUAUCACCAGAGAUUACGAGAGGAACUACGUUCACGAUUCCGAAUCGAAUACCUUGGACAAUUGAAGCAACAUGGGGUCAUCAAGCCAGCUGUCAUCAAGAUCAAGGAAGGAUACGUUGUAUUCGUGGGGAGUGACAACGUUAAGAGGCUGGAAUGGCCUCUUGCCCGAGUCGAUCAAGUAUUCCCAGGGAAGGAUGGGGAAAUUCGAGUUGUCAAACUCAAGACAGCAAAUGGUUAUGUCACGAGACCCAUCCAGAAGCUGUAUCCGUUGGAGAUGUCAAUGAGCGAGAUUGAGGAAAUUCUCCGAGCUUCAGACGCUGAGCCAGAGAACUGGCAUACAGUGCCUUCGGCCUCUAAAGUUCGUCGUGCCGGCACCGAGAAAAAGAAGAAAUUGGAAACCAAAGCUGCUGAAGUCCUGCCAGGAGUGGAGGAUCGCAAGGUGCUAACUAGAAGUGGACGAGUGGUCAAAAAACCCCCGAAACUGAUAGAUUGA